AUGGCGCCUGACCGUGAUCAGCUCAGGGCCAUGGUUCAGAAAGACAGGGAAUCAUUCAAAGAAUACGCACAAAGAUGGCGUGAGGUAGUCGCCCAAGUGAUUCCUCCCAUGGAAGAGAAGGAGAUGAAUAAGAGUUUCUUGAAGACACUGGGUGCUUUCUACUACGAGAGGAUGGUAGCAAGCGCGCCAAGUGACUUUACUGAAAUGGUAGGAAUGGGUAUCCGCUUAGAAGAGGCUGUGAGUGAGGGCCGUUUAACAAAGAGUGAAGGAUCUGACGGUGUGAAGAAGCCAUCUUAUGGGUUUACUAAGAAGAAAGAAGGAGAUGAAAAUGUUGUUAUACAAAAAAGGAGGGGAGCACCAGGGAAUAAUGUUGAGAAUUGUUAUCCUUUGAAGACAGAGGUACAAAAAUUGGUAAAGUAUGGUGUUCUAUCUUUCAAGGACGCGGGACCUAAUGUGAAAGAUAAUCCUCUACCCAAGCACGGGGGAGUAAAUGUUGUGAAUAUGGUGGCCGGUUGUCCAGUCGACUUUCGGAUUUUUGAUGUUAAUCAGGUUAGAGGAGAUUUGGUGAAAAUGUAUGCAGACCUCUGUGAAUUUAGCUACUAUACGCAUGACCAUUCCGGUUGUGCUAUUUGCAGUACAAACAUACAAGGUUACGAUAAGAUAAAGGCUGAUUUGCAAGAGAUGAUGGAUGAGGGCCUCAUCCACAUAAUCAGGCCUAGGGCAGAGUAUGAAGAGGAAGUGAAUAUGGUUUCUGGAUGUCCUGGUGAAUUCAUGAUUUUUGAUGUAGAGUAUAUGAAUGAGGACCUUGUACAGUUGCAUGCUACCUUCUGCCAUACGGCUGGUCAGGUGGAACACCAAUAUGGAUCUUGCCUAGUUUGCUGUCUAGAUUCCCGAGGAUGUUUAAUCGUGAAGAAGGGUGUUCAAUUGUUGUUAGACAAUGGAACUAUCAAGGUAACAAGUCAUAGGGAUGAUUACCAUGAAGUUGAUAUGGUUGAGGUUUGUUUGAUUGAAGAAGAGUCCAAUGAAGAGUAUGCCUCUGCAGAUGAGUAUUUCUCUUCAGACGAAGACUUGUUUUCUAGAAAUGAGUUAUUAAUGACUGAUUAUGUUGAAGAGGGGGUAAACGUCAUUGUGCCUUGUUUUGGUGCACCCGCCAAUUUUGAAGUUGAGUAUCAUAGCAAGCCAGCUAUCACCCCAUUGGUGAUUAGUUUGCCGGGUCCUAUCACCUACAAGUCAGAUAAGGAUGUGCCUUACAAAUAUAAUUCUACAAUCUUAGAGGAUGGAGUGGAGGUUCCCAUCCAGCCAAUGCCUGAUGUUGGAAAUAUAGCUGAAAAUAGCAUGGUGAACCGCAGCGGUCGUGUGUUUGCACCCGUUAUUCGAAGAGAUGUUGGUGCUGGAAAGAAAUUACUGAGAAUGUUGAACCCAAGAAGGCUUUGGGUGAGACUAGCAGAGCUACGUUAG